AUGUACACUUCUCCAGAAGGGGAGUCCUUCGAGAUGCUUCAGCCAUGCCUCCGUUAUAUCACCCGGAGCCCUCAGCUCAACGAGGCACAAGCACUCUUUGGCUUGUCCGUGGUUCAGCUAACUAAGGUCUACAGGCGCUUCAAAGAACGCUUUCCGGAAGUCAAUGUGACUUACCUCGCCGAUGACCAGCGGGCACCCUACGGCCCGCAGCCGCCAGAAGACGUAGCAGACUAUUCUCGACACAUCAUCUCCUGGCUGGAUGGAGAGGAUAACGGCUUGACCUUGAUCGCAUGCAACACUGCCUCUGUUGCUUCCAUUGCGUUCGGAGUGCCAGAAGACACGGCCUUCACUGCCCACCCUGUGCUGCCAAUAGCCGCGCCCUACGGUGCUUUCUUUCGCGCCGUGGACAAGCUGCCAUGUCGGAAGGUAGGCCUCUUUGCCACGGACGCCACCUGCCGGAGUGGAGUCUACCAGCGGCAGGUGCGAAGUGCGGGCGGCCGUGGCUUCGGGAUUGUCCCCAACAACCUCCAUGAGGACUUUCCUUCGCAGGCGCCUACACGUGACUGUAUCGGCUGCGCAGAAUGCGUGGCCGCAGUGCAGCACGAGCCACCCUUCGACCAAGAUGAGACAUGGGAGGAGCGGACAGAAGCGAUGCUUCGGAAGAAGUUCGAGUCGUACCUGGACGAGGACGGCUCCAAGAUUGAUUUCUUGAUCUUCGGCUGCACACAUUUUCCCACCCUGGCACCGCUGGUGAGAAAAAUCUUUGGACCUUCGCUGCGUCUCGGCAUGCAGAUCGUUCCAGAUCAUUUUGCCCGACGGCCUUGUUUGUGUCUUCAAUUGGAGCUAUGCAAAUUUGCUUUCAAGUGGGUUCUGAAUUGA